AUGUUUGGACUCGACGACAGCGGCAGAGAGGAACUGAUCCCCCGUUUUGGACUUGGAAAGGAUCCAACACCCACGAUCCCAUGCAUCGGCAUCAAUAUCCAGGCCAUCGACCUCAACAACCAAUUGGUAUUCUACUGUUGGGAUAUCCACGACACGUCGAGGAGGAGUAGAUUCUGGAGAGGUGUAAAGUGGUUUAUGGUUGGGUACGAUGUGGUGGUGUUUGUGGUCGAUGCGACGGAUAGGGAUCGGUUGUUUGAGGCGAGGGAUGAGCUGGGAGACCUCUUCUCCAGCAUCCAAGUCAACCAUCUCUGGAACACCUUCCUCGUCCCCUUCCUCUGGCACUCCAUCGACGACCGCCUCUUUUCCUGGCCCACCAUCCUCAAUAGCAUCCAUGAUGAUGAGGUUGACGAUGAACCCAACACUCUCCAGGUGCUGUUUGAGAAGUACGGUCACCACAUCCAUCAUCUCUCCCUCACCUGGUUGGCAACCCUCCAAGCUGCCAGUGCAGCAACAACCUGCACCCAACUCCGAUCGUUACUUGUCUUUGGCCUCAAGGACCGCGAUCCUCCCCUACUGAACCAGGAAUCCGACGAAGCCAACAGCAACCUCCACCAUCAUCCCAAUCAACAGUCGUCUCUCGGACCUUUGCUCUCGCCCAUGUUUGACCGAGUGUUUCGACCGUUGCAGGAGGGGUGGGGCAACCCCAUAAAGCAGCGGCAGUAUUGGAGGAUGGCGCAACUCUACUGGAUCCUAGUCCAUCAUAGUAACAAACACCUUCAGAACCUCCAUCUCGAAGCAGCAGUCGGACCAUUAUUCAGAAUGGUCUCGAAGGAGUAUCUUUUUGACAGUCUGGCUCUGUUAAAGAACCUGAGGAGUAUCGACACAGGUCUGGUACAGAUGGACUUCCCUGUCCUUCUCGAUCGAGUCCCUAGCCUGGGCACCCUCCGGUCAAGACCCAACGAUCCCUUAACCAAAGAGAUUGUCUUCUCCAGAACCAUUCACCAACAGCCAUUCUUCCAGCUCAAACUCUUGGAGCUAAGAGACCGCCUGUACCUACAAGAGUUCUACCUCUUCCUACGAUACUUGCCCCAAUUGGAUGACAUUAUCUUUGCAGGGUUCAGGAUGCAGACGGGAUUACCCCCCAGCCCACAGGAUAUCAUGGACAACAAGCCUAGCCAACUGCAGGGAUUACAUCUUCGACAGAUCGGGAAACAGGACGACAAGAUCAUCCCGGGGGUCUUGCAGUGGCUUCCUUAUCUAAAACGGUUCGGGACUGCGCUCCUGUAUCCGUCAAUCGCCAAGGCUCUCCGAACGCAUUGUCCGGAUCUAGAGUCGUUCAGUGACAGUGGCGUAGCCGACAAUGGUCGUGAGCAAGGAGGAGGUGUUGUGGUGGUGAUCCCUCCAGGAGCAAUAUCGUCUACCAACACAUUGAAUUAUCUACUGCAGCACUGUUCAAAGUUGAGGACUGUUAGAGCGAGACGACAUACGGUUAUGGGGAGUUAUGCGCACAACAACAACAUCAAGAACAUCGUCUAG